AUGGCUGAACCUAUUGUGCAGACGAUCCAUAGGGAUCCCGCCUUGUUUUGGUGGAUUUUGCUCCCUAUCACGGUGGUCAUGAUCCUGACGGGCAUCCUGCGCCACUAUGCGAUGACGCUCCUCCAGUCGACCCCCAAGAAGCAAGACCUACCCAAAAUCCGGCAAAACCGGUCGCUCGCCCGUGGCCUUUCAUUGCGCCAGAAUGCCAAUGUGCUCUCUCCUGCUGCCUUCUCUGCCAGGAAGGCAUACAUGGUGCAGGCGUACCAGGAGGGCAAGUUCCUGGCUGAGCCGGAAAUGAGGGGCAAGCCUAGACCGAACCCUAUGAGCGAUCCGGCCGCUAUGGAGGGUAUGAUGGGCAUGAUGAAGGGCAACAUGGCCAUGAUGAUUCCGCAGACGUUGAUCAUGGGGUGGAUCAAUGCCUUUUUUUCGGGCUUCGUUAUCAUGAAACUGCCCUUUCCCUUAACACCGCAGUUCAAAUCCAUGCUCCAGUCUGGUGUAGGGACUCGUGACCUGGACGUGAGAUGGGUAUCUAGUUUGUCGUGGUACUUCCUCACUCUGUUCGGCUUGCAGCCUGUGUACAACUUCAUCCUCGGCAGCAACAAUGCCGCAAGUCAGGUCUCACAGCAGAUGGGCAUGCAGAAUCCUGCCGCAGGCAUGAUGGGUCCCGAGCAGGAUCCAGACAAGCUAUUUCUGGCGGAAGCUGAGAACUUGGAGGUCCUUGAACACCGAUGGAUUCUUGAAGGGAUCGAGGAUCGUCUGGUAGCGAAGCACGCUGUGUAG